UUUUCCCACUGUGGAGAUUAAGCACCGUGGGAUGUUUUUCACUCAGGCUGUAGAGUAGCCCACUGUGGCUGCUGCUUGUUGCUGUCACUGCUGUGUCUUCUGCCUCUCGCCGGCCCCUGACGCUGAAGAAGACAAUGUCUCAAGAACACGGGGUGCUCUCAGCCCGAGGGGGGAGUAGGUUUUUUUGACUGACAGGUGAGGUGCGUCCUCUGGGGAAUGUGAACCAUGCAGGUGGAUGCUGUUCUUGUUCUGUCCUGUGUUUGCCUCGUGGCCGCAGCUGGGAAGCUGGCCCAGCCGAGGGGUCACAAGCUGGAGACCUACAAACAAAGCAGGUCAAGAAGAGAGACCUCCAGAAUGGAGGGAGGAGGAAAUCACAAGUCUGGAAGCCCAAUUUAUAAACGAAGUCCGGACAUGACCAAAUCUCCAAUGACAAAAUCUGAGCAGCUUCUAAGAAUAGACGACCAUGAUUUCACCAUGAGACCAGCAUUCGGAGGGCCUCCAAUCCCAGUGGGGGUCGACGUUCAGGUGGAAAGUCUUGACACCAUCUCCGAGGUGGACAUGGACUUCACCAUGACGCUGUAUCUGCGUCACUACUGGAAGGACGAGCGGCUGGCGUUCCCCAGCACCAACAACCAGAGCAUGACCUUCGACAGCCGGCUUGUUAAAAAGAUCUGGGUCCCUGACAUGUUCUUCGUCCACUCCAAGAGGUCCUUCAUCCACGACACCACCACGGACAACGUCAUGCUGAGGGUCUACCCCGACGGCAACGUGCUCUACAGCCUCAGAGUCACCGUCACGGCCAUGUGCAACAUGGACCUCAGCCGCUUUCCUCUGGACACACAAACCUGCUCGCUGGAGAUAGAGAGCUAUGCAUACACAGAUGACGACCUGAUGCUGUACUGGAAGAAAGGUAACGAAUCCUUAAACACCGACGACAGGAUAUCUCUGUCCCAGUUCCUCAUCCAGAAGUUUCACACCACAACCAAGCUGGCUUUCUACAGCAGCACAGGCUGGUACAAUCGUCUGUACAUCCACUUCACCCUGCGGCGCCAUAUCUUCUUCUUCCUGCUGCAGACCUACUUCCCUGCCACCCUGAUGGUCAUGCUGUCCUGGGUUUCCUUCUGGAUCGACCGCCGGGCCGUCCCGGCCAGGGUCCCUUUAGGCAUCACCACGGUGCUGACUAUGUCCACCAUCAUCACGGGGGUCAACGCCUCCAUGCCCCGAGUCUCCUACAUCAAGGCAGUGGACAUCUACCUCUGGGUCAGUUUUGUCUUUGUCUUCUUGUCGGUGAUAGAGUACGCAGCGGUCAACUACCUGUCCACUGUGCAGGAGAGGAAAGAGAGGAAACUACGGGAGAGACUGCCAUGUACAUGCGGCAUUGGAAACCCUGACGAGAUGAUGAUUGACCCCCAGAUCACAGGCUAUGGGUCCAUGGAUGUCAACACCACGGGGACUUAUGGGAUGCCGGAGAACGGUGGCCGCCAGGAGCGAAUGUUGGCCCAGGUGGCGCUGAAUGACCCCCAGAUUACAGGGCAGGUGAAGGCGUCCAGGGGCUAUGUGAACAUUUGGAUAGACACCCAUGCUAUAGACAAAUACUCACGGGUCGUCUUUCCUGGAGCGUACGUUCUCUUUAACAUCAUCUACUGGUCCAUCUACUCAUAACCCAUGAGUGCAUCGUCUUUGAGAGCAAUCCACAAUGGGGCUCAGGUGACUCGGCUCAUAAGUGGAGAGCAAGAGAGAUGACAUCGCCCAUGAUGUUUUCCACCGAGGACGCAGAGACAAAGACACUGCGGGGGGACCACUGCCUUCUUGACCCAGCCACUUAACUCUGAUCACUUAAAAAAUGAUCUGCGAUAGCAUGCUCAAGAGAAACGGGAUCGUCAUCAUGCCCAGCUCCAUCAAAUCACGUCAUUUCAGGUUACACAUGCAGUAUUGUGCUGCUGAUGGACAGACAUUUGGGUGUUGCUGCUGCCUGGAGUGUCCUCACUGCACAGAAAGGUGACAGGCUCUCAACACGAACAGCGAGUCUGGAGCAGUGUGCAAGACCACAAGAAAUGCUCACAUCAGCUUUCCUGAAGGUGCGGAUAUUGGACAUUGCCAAUGUAUAGAUACAAACACCCCCCCCACACUCCCAGCCCACCCCCUUCCACAUGCACUAGUUAGUAGCCUUGACAAUCCAUGACCCACUAAGAAUCUCAAGUCAGGUUAUUCUUCAUCUCGAAGUUUCCUUUUUCUUUUACAGUACUGUAGUAUGAUUCAGUAGAUGUUAUAAUUUUUUUCUUGUGAUCUUUGUAUCAAUGCAAUGAUUUUGCUGUCAAGCUACUUUAUCACAUUGGUGUGAUAUGACAAGUUUAGUAAACAAUGAAAACAAAAAAUACAGCUUUUCACUUAUAAAGAUGUAAAAAAAAUAAAAUAAUCAUUUAUAUAUACAUGUUUAGCAGACCCUAAACAUAUUGACUAUGAUAUCAACUUUAUUUUUAUUUUUAAUGUCCAUAUUUCUUUUUUUUUAUAUACAACUGAAGCUCAUCUCCUCUGUUUUGGUGUUGUGGGGCUUUGAGGUUCACUGUUACUUAUUAGCUGAUAGUUUUGUCUUUUUUUUUUUGCUAUCAUCUGGUAGUUUGCUUUCAUUGAAGCAAAAAAAUACAAAUUUUGGGGGGCGAUUUAUAUGACAGUUUAACAAUUGAAAAUACAGUUAUUACAACUCAACUCUGGAAAUGUGUUGUAUAGGGAAAGAUGUUUAAUAAAUGUGAUGUUUUCUGAAAA